GGAAAUUUUCCCAGCGCUGAGAUCACCGGCGGUUUUUGAUUGCUGCCAUGUAUUCGACAACCACGCAUUCUUUCUCCAAUGCAGAGUAUCAGUACAAUCAGCCAUGGAGAAAGCUGUUGUGGGUGAAGCAAAACUAUCCCGAUAACUAUGUCGAUAACACGUUCCUGGAAGAGUUGCAAAAGAACGUCAAUGUGCGAACCUACGAUUACUGGACCAUGGUGUAUGAAUCGGGGGUUAUUACGCAACACAUUAGCAGUGUUGUUAUCUUUAUUGCCAUCUUUAUCGACUUGCAGUUACAUUCGCUGUCAGCGACCCAUCUCAUUUGGACCAGCUCACUGUUUGCGGUGACAGGCUACAUGUUUUGGGAUCUGAUCAUGCUCAAAACGGCCAAAAACUAUGAAUUAUCACGCAAGCAUGUGAUCAAAAGCACGAUCAUUUUCUUUUCAACCUUACUGGGGCUUUCUCCUAUCUUGAAAACGUUAACAAGUCAAACCAGCGAUGACACUAUCUGGGCUCUCACUGUAUGUUGUUUCUUGGCCAAUGUACUCUUUCAUGACUAUGUAGCGCAAAGUCGAAUUCGAGUCAAGAUUCCCGGUUCUUUAUCUACGAAUGCAGCCAUUUUCGCGUCUGUCCUUUUAGCCUCAAGACUUGAUACGAACCUGGAUGUAUUCAGUUUGCUGUCCUUUGCUGUGGAAUGGUUUGCAUUAUUUCCCAUUUUCCGUCGUCAUUUGCAGGACUUGAGUCCCAAAAUGCAAAUUAUGAUGACGGUAUCGCUUCUUCUGUUAUGUGUGUUGUUAUUUAUCCACAUCUCCAAGGCGGUUGUAUUUAUCUAUAUGUUGGGAUUUUGUUUCUUGACAUUUGUUUGUCCCUACUGGCUCAUCUUUAUCCAAAAGUACAAAAACGAGAUCCAUGGACCGUGGGAUGAAGCGAGACCGCGGCUUCAACGGGCAAAACGCAACUUGUACCGAAAGCGAGCUACUUGAAAACCUCUUUUUUCCCUUGGCUAAUCUAUCCGUCUUGUAUAUAAUCAUCUCACGGAUCAUUUCAUUAUAUCAUUAUCAAUUUAUACAUGUAAUCCGAUCAUUUUUGCAUUCAGUCUGAACAAUAUAAUUCCUACAUAUUCAUCGUGUCACCCACAUGCAUUUUCUUUUUUCCA